AUGGCAGCACAGUUCUUCCUCCUUGCCCUAUUCGCUCUGUCCACUUCUCGUGCUCUUGCCUCCGACCCAGGCCAACUCCAGGAUUUCUGUGUCGCCGACAGAACAUCCCAAGCUUUCGUCAACGGAUUUGCAUGCAAAGACCCGAAGACUGCCAUGGUAGAAGACUUCUACUUCUCUGGCCUUCACAUGGCCGGGAACACGAGCAACAAGCAAGGCUCCGCUGUGGCCGCAGUUAAUGUUGCGCAGAUUGCUGGCUUGAACACUUUGGGCAUCUCCCUGGCCCGUGUUGAUUAUGCACCCUAUGGUCAAAAUCCACUCCACAUCCAUCCCCGCGCAACCGAAAUCCUGAUGGCCCUUUUUCUACUAGUGCUGGAAGGCUCGCUCUAUGUCGGUUUUGUCACCUCCAACCCCGAGAACAAGUUGUUCUCGAAAGUUCUGCACAAAGGAGACGUGUUUGUGUUUCCGCAAGGUCUUAUUCACUUUCAGUUCAACAUUGGAGCCAACAAAGCAAUAGCCAUUGCGGCGCUGAGCAGCAAGAACCCUGGAGUAAUCACCAUAGCCAAUGCAGCGUUUGGAUCCAAGCCAUCCAUCUCAGAUGAUAUCCUUGCCAAAGCAUUCCAGGUGGACAAGAAAAUUGUAGACCGUAUCCAAGCUCAAUUCUAG